AUGAAAAUGUGGCCUCCUUCUGUUAUUGGAAAGGUGUGUUUGCUUGUGGAAGCGGGCGGUGUUCUCCUUUUAAUAUAUGCAGCUUGUCGACAAAUGGGGGGGUUAGUGCAGUCAAGGAAAAAGAAAGCCAGUGAGAGGCAGUCAGAGAAAGACGUGACAGUUUUUCAGAACAGAACUGCACAAACUGUCCCUGUGGAAGUAGUUGUGGAAAGCCUCUCAGCCGGAUGGACCACCGCACCGCCCAUAUUUUACCCACCGAAGUUGGCGGUUAUUCCUAUUUUACGCUUUGAGGUCGUCACGAACGGCGGGGAUUCAGAGCAAAACAAUUUUAUUUUGUGCGAUGGACCUCGGUCUCGUAUGCUUCAAACACCUACAGGAGAUGAAGAAACGGUGUCUUUUUAUAUGGAAUAUCUUAAAAGCAUGCCUCUUUUCCAAACUGUAGCUACUCAGGGAGCAACGGUGUUGCCUCUAAAUGAAGCGGGAUUCUCAUGUGAAACUGAAUGCUUCACCCACGCUGCCAUUAUUCCGGAUAAGAAAAUGGUUAUCGUUUUUGGUUGUCACGGGCCAUAUAUACUUUCGUUUGUCUUAACGCAAUAUACGUCGUCCACUUUAAAUUUGGAAAACGGCAUGGGUUCAGUAGGAAACUUGACUUCUGGUGAUGUCCAAAUGUUGCUUGGGGCAUGCCGCCUUGUACCUUUGGUGAAUGGACUGUGUCUUCCUGGAACUCCAGUAGGUGCUCGAAAGGGUUCUCUGCGAUUGACGUACCGACAUGGGAAUAACAUACUUGUGUUCGCCCUCUCAUCCUUGGUGGCUGUGCGCCAGAAUGUGGAAAGGGAUGGAAAAAGAAAUAAAGAUGCAUUGGAUCCACUCUUUUUUCUUGAGGGUGAUGUUUUACCAGAUAAAAGAAUUGUUGUCGGUGGCGAUACCCUGGACGCACUUGUGAAGGGCAUCUCUGUUGACGCACUAUUCCCGUCCUCGACGCCCGCCAACCCACCUGUGUCAUCGUUUUUCUCUCUGGUCACAGUGGAAGAGCUCGUGGGUUGUGUGGAAAACGGAGCUGGUGAUCGUGCACCGCCCCUACACGAAGAUGAUGUCAUGAAAAUUGUUUUUUCGCAUCCUCACCUCGGUGUCAGCUUUUCCGUCAAUCCGAAAUCAGGUGUCGUUCACGAGCCGAUUUUAACGGAGGAUCUUCUUCUGCUGUAUUACCCGUUGGGUGAUGAAACCCAUUACUCUAUGUCGUCUGGGCAGAGAGGGGACGAUGCACCUCCACGAGUCUCUAUUCGUCGCCUAACGCAACUUCCACCGACAUGGGAGAAGUUUCUUUCCACAGAGGAUGAGUUGAAGCACAACGUUCUUUUCCACUUUACAGAUUGGACCAGCGAAAGGGUUCCCUGCAACAUGUGCGACGUUAACGGCUUGCAAGGCGUCCAGCUGUUUGAGUCCAAGGAGGACCACAGCUGCCGCACGUACGUGAUUCCACGUGACGGCGCGAUUUUGGUAAUUCGCUGGGAAACGAAAACCAGAGAUUGGGCCAUGUACUUGCCUCUUCUGCAGAAGUUUCUUGACUCCCUGCUUCUAGAAGAUUUUUCGGCGUAA